UGCCUUUCCCACUCGUAACAGUUAGCGCCUUUCCCAGACCCUGGCCUUUCUUCUUCUUUUUCCCGGUAGUACUCGUGAUAUGUUGUCUUCUCUGUGCCUCCAUUAAUGGAGCUGAAGCCAACAACAAAACAGUGAUGAGUAUGGGUAUAAUCAUUGACGUUAAUACCCGUAUUGGAAAAGAAGAGAAAACAGCCAUGGAAAUUGCAGUUCAAAACUACAACACCAGUUCAAAGUCUCACCAAGUGUCUCUUCAUUUCCGGCAUGCUCUUAGAUCAGUCACUGCUGCUGAAGAGAUGAUUAGAGACCAAAAGGUAAAAGUGAUUAUAGGCAUGCAUAAAUGGCCGGAAGCAGCUCUAGUAGCCGAUGUUGGAAGGCAAGCUCGUGUUCCAGUCAUUUCGUUCGCAGCACCAGCCAUUAACCCGCCUCUAACGCCACUUAUUUGGCCUUUCUUGGUACAAAUGGCCAAAAAUGGUUCUGAACAGGUACAAUGCAUCGCAGAUAUUGUUCAUGCGUACAAUUGGCAAAGGGUCAUAGCGAUUUACGAAGAUGAAGGAUAUGGCAGUAACGCCGGCAUGUUAGCACUAUUAUCUGAGGCUCUACAAAAUGUUGGCUCGGAGAUUGAGUACCGUUUGGUUCUCCCACCAUUUUCUUCUGUGAAUGAUCCAGGAAGGGUUGUCCAAGAAGAGCUUAUUAAGCUACAUAAAACGCAAUCUCGGGUUUUUAUUGUCCUUGAUUCUUCAUUAGAGAUGGCAACUUAUUUGUUCAGAGAAGCUAAGCAGAUGGGACUCGUCGGGAGAGACUCAGCUUGGAUAAUCUCAGACAGCAUUACAAGUCUGCUGGACUCUGUCAACAACUCCGUUAUAUCAUCCAUGGAAGGCGCAAUAGGAAUCAAGACUUACUAUUCUGAGAUUGGCAAUUCCGAGUAUCGAGAUUUUUAUGCCCAUUUUCGGAAAAUAUUCAGAGCUGAAUAUCCAGAGGAAGAUAACUCCCACCCUGGAAUUUAUGCUCUGCGAGCAUAUGAUAGCCUUAGAGUUGUUACACAAGCGAUAGAGAGAAUGACCACUAACAGUACCAGUAGUCCAAACAUAUUGUUAGACAAUAUGUUAUUAAGCAAUUUCUCUGGUUUAAGUGGAAAAAUACAUUUUGAAGGAGGCCAGCUCUUAGACAGUUCUACACUGAGGAUUGUAAAUGUGAUUGGGAAGAGAUACAAAGAAAUAGACUUCUGGACACCAGAGUUUGGCUUCUCAUCGAUCAGCCCUUCUAUAGAAAAAGGUGAGGAGAAAAAUGGUCGUGGUAAUGUAGAUUCUAACUCGGCCAACACUUUGUCCGGUCCAGUAACUUGGCCAGGAAACUUGAAACGAACUCCAACAGGUUGGGAAAUGCCUACCGAUGCAAAGCCACUAAAAAUUGCAGUUCCUGGCAGAGCAACGUUUGAUAAAUUUGUGGAGGUUGCGUAUGGGGAGAAACCAAAUCCCAACAAAUAUGAUGGUUUCUGCAUCCAAGUUUUCCUUAGGGUGCGAGACCUUUUAGGGUAUCAUCUUCCUUUUGAAUUUGAAGCACACAAUGGGAGCUACAAUGAUCUAAUUUAUAGUGUCCAUAAUAAGACUUACGAUGCUGUAGUUGGCGACUUCACCAUACUAGCCGAGCGACUGCAAUACGUGGAUUUUACUCUUCCAUAUGCUGAGUCGAGUUUGGUAAUGAUGGUUCCAGAAAAACCUGAGUGGUCAGCGUUGAUGUUUACAGUGCCUUUCACCUGGGACCUGUGGGUUGUCACUGGUGCCAUGUUGAUCUACACAAUGCUCGUUGUUUGGUUCCUGGAGCGCCAAUCCAACCCAGAGUUUAGUGGCCCAUGGACGAGUCAGAUUAGCACUGCUCUUUGGUUUACAGUCUCCACUCUGUUCUUUGCUCAUAGGGAAAAAAUCCACAACAACUUCACACGAAUGAUUAUUGUAGUUUGGCUCUUUGUCGUCCUGAUUCUAACCUCGAGCUACACUGCUAGCCUGUCUUCAAUGCUCACCGUGCAACAGCUACAACCAACUGUUACAGACAUUGAGUGGUUGAAGAAAAACAACAUGAAAAUUGGUUGCAGUGACAAUUCGUUUGUAAGGAAAUACGUGGAGAAUGAGCUUACCUUCAGUUCAGAGAAUAUUGUGAACGUCAGCAAUGAAUACAUGUACCUUGAGGAAUUCCAAGGAAACAAUAUAGCUGCGGCUUUCCUCGAACUCCCGUAUGAGAAAGUUUUCCUCAAUAAGUACUGCAAGGGAUACACUGGCACCAUGCCUAUCAACAGAUACGGUGGAUUGGCCUUUGCCUUCCAGAAAGGGUCGCCGAUUGCCAAGGAUUUUUCUGAAGCCAUUCUAAAGCUGUCGGAGAGUGGAGAGUUGAAGUCACUAGAAGAUAAAUGGCUGACUCCAUCACAUGAGUGUUCAACCGACUUAACUUCCAGCAAACCUAAUAGCUUGAGACUCCAGAGCUUUUUGGUUCUUUAUCUAAUAUCGUUUACCACAUCUACCAUUUGUCUUCUGCUAUCCCUAAUUCGUUUGUCUGUAAGUCAUCGGCGACGUCAGGAUGCUUACGAAGGAAACAUUACUCCAGGUGAUGAGAGCAUUUGGAAGAAGGUGCUUAGACUCGAAAGGUACUUUCAUAUCCUUAUUAGAGGAAGAGAUGCGACUCCGACAGACACAGAUGAGAGCGCCUGGAAGAAGGCUGUAGAACUAAUAAGAAUAUUUCAUACCAAGAAUCUGGGAAGAGCUCCUACUCUGGCAGGCACAUCGAGUGCAGAAGAAGGCGCAUCGGACGUGAAUGAAUGCUCUUCGAGGUAGGAAUUCAUGUGCACUCCUGAUACUUUAGUGCACCGUCAAACCUCGCCUGAAGGCCAUGAACUCCAGAUCGUUUAAGCACAGAGUUUGAACUAUUCUUCGUCCCUAAACCUAUAUCGUCUCAGGCCAUAUACGUUGAUUUGACAUAUAAAUUGA